AUGCGUCUUUCUCAUCUUUAUGGAAUAACUAAAGAUCCUACAACGUUGAAUUUUAUGAUCUUAUUAAAAGAAAUGAAAAGUAGUUCCUUAGAGGUUUUGCUUGGCAAGCCAUAUACCAAAGCUUCAGACAUAUAUUCUUCAUGCGGGAUUCACAUAUUGCUCAUGAUUUCCAAUUAUCUAUAG